GGUUAUGCUAAGUCGCCACUAUAACUUUUGCCAAUACCAGAGUCUUAGUGUACGCAAUCAACUCACCAAUACUAUAAGAGUAUUCUUACCACAACUACUUUUUUACACGGUUCCCCGAUUGGCUAGCCCUGUGGAUCUAAUAGGAGAGGGAGUUCAAGAAAUAAAUUGAUGAUAGCAAGUUUCUCGAGAA